GUUAACAACAAACAACCACCUUUCGAAACCCUUCCACAUCACUAGACUUUGUGUUAAUCUUUCCAUAACAAAAUGCAAAAAUUGUUUGUUGUUAUCCUUGCUACUCUGGCCUACGCUGCUGCUGAGCCUGGUCAUCAUGCUCAUAUUGCCCCAGCAGCAGUACCUGUGCCUGCGGCAUAUACAGCACCUGCAGUGGCUGCAGCUUACACCGCACCCAUAGCUCCUGCUGCAUACACAGCUCCUUUAGCUCCUGCUGCUCCCUUGGCUGCCGCAUACACCGCGCCUGUGGCUGCUGCCUACACCGCUCCUUAUGCUGCCCCCUAUGCAGCCGCUUAUACCGCCCCCUAUGCAGCCGCUUAUAGUGCCCCCUAUGCUGCCGCUUAUACUGCCCCCUAUGCAGCUGCUUAUACAGCUCCUUAUGCUGCUGCCUUUACAGCCCCAUUGAAUUCUGCUUUCUUAAGUCAACGUCUGGAUGUUUUCAAUCGUUAUAGUGCUCCUAUUGUGGCUGCUGCUGCCCCAGCCCGAUUGGUAGCGCCAGCAGCAGCUUAUGUUGCACCAGCACCCGCUCGUGUGGUUGCACCCGCCAUAGCCGCUGCCCCAGCAAAGUUCGUUGCUGCCCCUGCCAGAUUAGUGGCACCAGCUGCAGCUCCUUUGCUGUUGUAA